CUGGGCAUCUCGGUGGCCAUCGCGCACGGGGUCUUCUCGGGCUCGCUCAACAUCCUGCUCAAGUUCCUGCUCAGCCGCUACCAGUUCUCCUUCCUGACCCUGGUGCAGUGCCUGACCGGCUCCACGGCCGCGCUCAGCCUGGAGCUGCUGCGGCGCCUCGGGCUCAUCGCCGUGCCCCCCUUCGGCCUGAGCCUGGCGCGAUCCUUCGCGGGGGUCGCGGCGCUGUCCACGCUGCAGUCCACUCUCACGCUCUGGUCGCUGCGCGGCCUCAGCCUGCCCAUGUACGUGGUCUUCAAGCGCUGCCUGCCCCUGGUCACCAUGCUCAUCGGCGUCCUGGUGCUCAAGAACGGCGCGCCCUCGCCCGGAGUGAUCGCCGCCGUGCUCAUCACCACCUGCGGCGCCGCUCUGGCAGGAGCUGGCGACCUGACCGGCGACCCCAUCGGGUACGUGACGGGCGUGCUGGCGGUGCUGGUGCACGCCGCCUACCUGGUGCUCAUCCAGAAGGCGAGCGCGGACACGGAGCAUGGGCCGCUCACCGCUCAGUACGUCAUCGCCGUGUCCGCCACGCCGCUGCUGGUCGUCUUCUCCUUCGCGAGUACCGACGCCAUCCACGCCUGGGCCUUCCCCGGCUGGAAGGACCCAGUCAUGGUCUGCAUCUUCGUGGCCUGCAUCCUGAUCGGCUGCGCCAUGAACUUCACCACGCUGCACUGCACCUACAUCAACUCGGCCGUGACCACCAGCUUCGUGGGCGUGGUGAAGAGCAUCGCCACCAUCACGGUGGGCAUGGUGGCCUUCAGCGACGUGGAGCCCACUUCCCUGUUUAUCGCCGGCGUCGUGGUGAACACCUUGGGUUCCGUCAUUUACUGUGUGGCCAAGUUCAUGGAGACCAGAAAGCAAAGCAACUAUGAGGACCUGGAGGCCCAGCAGCCGGGUGCGGAGGAGGCGCAGCCAAGCGGAGAUCAGCUGCCCUUCCUCAUGGAGGAGCUGACUGGGGAGGGUGGGCAUGGCGGGUCAGAAGGUGGCGAGGCUGCAGGUGGCUCCUCUCAGCAGAGGGGGCCAGAGGCGAGACGCAGCCCCAGAGGAAGCCUGCUGAGGGCCCCAAGCGUGCAGACCACCCUGGAUCCAGAAGAAAUGAGCAAGAGGUCGCUGAAAGAUGCCUACCUGGACGUGUGGCGAUUAGUUAGGGGCACCAAGUAUAUGAAAAAGGAUUAUUUGAUAGACAACGAGGAGUUACCCAGCCCGUGAAAAGGAAGUGCAUGUUUGUACAUCUGUAUGUACAUUCAUUUUAUGGUACAGAUAAGAUACAU